AUGAUGGAACACGACGAAGAAUUACCGGAGCAACUAUUCGGAAUCCUGAGCUCUCUAAGAAAGAAUGAACGUGAAGGAGAACUCGUGGACGGACAAGAGCGGAAAUACUGCUUAAGCGAUGAUUGCCUUGUUGAGCUAUUCGUUCUUAUGACCUCGCCGCUUGGCCCGAUACUUGAUGUAAAAGACCACGAGUUAGAAGAAGAUCGCGAUGUGUCACAGUUUGAUCGGAGAAUGAGUGAGCGCUUAAAAUCGCAUACUGAUUACAAAGCAGUAUUCGAGAAGAGUCCUUUGAUACUCCGGGCAAUAUUGGACCUAUUGAGCACAUAUUUGUCUGACGAAAAAUGGGAGAUGGGCAGAAGGUCUAGGAAAGACGAAGAGGUCAUUCGAUUAUUAUUAAGUUUUUAUAAUAAUUUGGUCGCAAUUGAGGAUCUAUCGGUUCUACAUAUGUCUGGAAUUCAGAUGCAGCACCAAUUAGUCAUUUUGUAUCAUGAAGAAAGAAUAUUUGAAACACUUUUUAAUCUCGUCUCUAUAAAGAAAGAAUUAUCACAAUGGAAUUUGAUAAUAGCAGAAAUCUUUUACCACGUAUUUUAUAAUAUCGAUCCACGUGAUUUGCUAAAAGAUCAUAAGGCGGAGGCCGAGAGUAGGGCACAGAAAUUGUUAGAAGAGGAAUUAAAUAAAAGAGAAUUAAAUCGCAUACGAAACACACGCCACAAUGGGACAUACUGGAUAAACGUGCCAGGAAAAGAGUACACUGUCCGCAAACGAGAUGCUGUGCGAGGGUUAGUGACAAAGGUUGUUGAUAGUAUUAAAAAGGAAAUGCCCACACGAAAACCUCUGGUGGGAGAAUACGACAAGAGAAAGAGAUCGGUUAGAAUUCGGGGUCCCGCACAAAGAUAUUUAAAACUGGUGGCAACUCAAUUUUUGACGCGCGCAUUUAAUGGUAUGACUUAUUCCCUAUACUGCAUUCGUUUGCGCAAAAUCUGGAAGAAUUCGGCACUUCUGAAAUUUUUCCUUGAAUUCCGGAAUCUUUUACGAAAUUCCGACGAACCACUUGAAGAGUUGACGUUUGAUGAAUUCACGAAGUCGCAAUACGAUUACGAUUGUGUCUCCACUAUAAUGUCCCCACAAGGGUUUGACUUUGUAUUCAAUCUAAUUGGUAACGACAGAGAUGACAAGUUGUGGUCUAACAUACAUUUUGGACUCGAAUGCCUAAAACAGAUGGCAAUGAAGAGAUCGAAUGACAGACAAAUACGCUAUAAAGCGGAAUACAUAAUAAACAAGAUUUAUUAUAAUCAAGAUAAUCUGGGCUUAAUGGUAUCUCUCAUUAAAGACUAUAAAGGGCAAUCAUUUGGUUAUUUGCAAAGUUUAAUUGCCACGAUACACGUCCUUCUAGAAAGACUUGAAAGCUGUUCGAAAACUAAAUACGAGAUUGUUGUUAAGAGCUCACAGAAAGAUAAAAACGAUGACGAUGAUCCAGAACAUGAAGAAGACCAUAAUGAAAUGGAAACCGAAUUUUCCAAAGUUGAUCGUGAAUUCCAUGAAAAUCAUAAAUGCAUUUUUGAAUUAUUUGAGAAGAAAUUCGUUAGCGAUUCCGUUGUCUCUACUUUUUGUAAAUACUUGGAAAAUUAUGAAAGUCUUGACUCGGAGGGUUUGGAUUGGCAUGAUAGACUUGGAAUUGUGAUAGCCCUGAUUUUUGAAGAGAGGAAAUUAAAUUUAAUUAGAUGGAUUCAGCGGUAUAUAGAAAAAGUGGCAGAUGAGAGAAAGUCAUCUGAAUUUGACGUUAACCAAACGAAUGUCUCUGAGGAUGCAGAAUUCUCGAUAGGGCCGCCAAAAUUAGUUUCGAAUCAUGUUAUUGAACCUGAUAAUGAAGAAAUUGAGGAUGCGAUUGAAUACGAUUCCAAUUUCCGAUUAUUGCUUGAAGUCAUGGAUCUUCGCAGGGAGGAUGGUGAAAACCAAACAAGAUGGCUCAUUCCUGAUUCGUUUUCAAGUGAAGAUCUCCUUAAUUUGAGCAUUAAGAUUGAUGAAUUUGUGGAAAACCCUUUUACACCUUCCGAGGAGAACGAGUCUCUGAUGCACUUGGAUUCUGAUAUCGACAUUAAUGAAGGCUUCUCGUCUUCGGUCAACAGCUCAAGUUCGGACAUUGAUGACGAUAAAAUCAUUUAUAGAAGGCAUCGUUCUACUGUUUACAAAGAAGAUUCUGAUGUUGAAGAUGAUGUUUUAUGA